CCGAGAGACGUGCCUGCAGUCACAGGGUUUAUUUAACACGUAGUCAAAAACCCACCCAGCUCUCGCACAUUGAGCAGAGCGUGGAGCCUCCCUACUAGACAUACUACAGAGUCCGGACCUCAGGGUGGCAAUACUGCAAGAGCACUCACACACGGGAUAACAGGAGAUACUUUUUAUCUUUAAAUUUUCUAUUGUUUUUGUGUUCGUUUUGAAGUGCGACUGCAGAGGCACAUUUGGAGCGCUUUGAAGGCUUUUUGAAGUUAUUUAUUCAGGUUUUACAGUUGAGCGACAUGGAGAGGAUUACCAGUGCGCAACCACCUCCCUGUGGGCCAAAACACCUACCACUGGAUAUAGCUGACAUGCAAGGAAUGGAUUUUCCCAUUUAUGUGUACAAACCCAGGAGGGGCAUGAAGCGAGUUGAUGAGAGCAAGGAGACAUACAAGUUGCCACACCGACUGAUUGAAAAGAAAAGACGUGACAGAAUCAACGAAUGCAUUGCCCAGCUGAAGGAUUUGUUGCCAGAACAUCUUAAGCUUACAACGCUGGGUCAUUUGGAGAAAGCCGUGGUGCUGGAACUCACUCUUAAGCAUGUGAAAGCCUUGAGUGGCCUCCUGGAGCAGCAGCAGCAGAAAAUUAUCGCCCUGCAGAAGGACCUGCAAAUUAGUGAUCAUGGGGGUGACAGUGCAGAGAGCAGCGAGGAGAUGUUCCGCUCUGGCUUUCACUUGUGCGCAAAAGAGGUCCUCCAUUACGUGGCCAGCCAAGAAAGCAGCAGGGACCUCACUCCUUCCCAUGUCAUCAGCCACAUCCAAAAGGUAGCAGCCGAAGUCCUGCAACAUCGAAGCAGCCUACACCCAGACGAGUCCAUCCCUCUGGUUUCAGAGAAACCAAAGAAACCCGCUGGACAAUCCCAAAGGGUCUCUGAGGUCCCAGCUAAGAACUGUGUUCCCGUCAUUCAAAGGACUUAUCCCCAUGGGAUGGGAGAACAGAGCGGCAGUGACACAGACACUGACAGCGGCUAUGGAGGAGAACAUGAUAAGCGUGACCCCAAAGCUCAAUGGUCAGAAAGCCACGCAAAGGAAAGGGAGAAUGCCAAGCAUGUCGCGUCUGAGAGGACGGCCGGUGCCAUCAAGCAGGAGGGUGAUGAGCCUCAGGCCAAAAGGUCGAGGUCUGACUCCUCAGAGGACGAGAUUCUCGUUGUUCACAACGCAUCAGGUCCUGGCGGCUACAUGAGCUUCUCCCCCAACCAGCCCCCAUUUUGCCUCCCCUUCUACCUCAUCCCCCCUUCAGCUGCAACAGCGGCCGCCUAUCUGCCCAUGCUGGAGAAAUGCUGGUACCCGGGGGGCAUGCCGGUUAUGUACCCAGGCAUGAGCGGCUCUGCAGUGAGCUUGCCCUCAGAGACACUCGCCUCAUCUCUGGUGAUGUCCCCGAGGUCAGGGUCUCCAGUACCCCACCAGAACCACAUGGAUUCCCCUGCUAUUCAGAAAACGUUAAGGCAGGUCCCCCCGUUGAACUUGGAAACCAAAGACUGAACAGAUGUGUUUCUGUUGGAACCUUGCCCUCUGAAUGUUGAUGGGGUUGAAUGGUUGGCCCACUGAAAAGAGGGUAAACACAAGAAAACACACUGGUAUUCCUUCAAACCACAGCCGUUGCUUGGCCCAUCAGGACACUGACCCCAACAAAGAACCCCAAGUGGUCACCAUCGUCUAUUGAUCAGCUCCUCGCACACUGAAACAGGAUUUGGGGGCCAUCUGGACUGCCCAUGUAAAGGCUGAUACAUCCCCUGUUUCAUGACUCUGAAACACUGUGAAAGUGGUCCGUUUAUAGAUGCAAAAGAUUGCAAGUGGGUCUUUUUUAUAGCAAAUUCGUCUUCUGUGCACUCAUUGUUGAAUGUCAGAAAUAAACCCAGAAUGUAAUGCACCAUAAGCCCCCCUCAAAAUUAUUUAGACCUAUUUUUUUGCACACACACCAGUCUGUAAUGAAUGUAAAGAUUGAACAAAAGCCCCUUGUAGAUGCUGCUUGAGUUGUUAUUAUCUGCUGUAGAUCUGUGAAUGGAGGAUCUACUUUCAGUGUUUUUCUCUCCUGUAUCUGCAACAAACCAUAGCUUAGACUAGAAUGUUACCCCAAAAAAUGUCUGGCUCGUGUUGACCGUUGACGUCGCAAAAGCCAUUGCUCCUCUGACCCUUCAAUUACCUGAUUGAACACAAGUGUUCACGAUGUUCAAAGAAUUCAGGGCGUUGUCACUGUACAAGGUGUGUCACUCACUGUGUUUGUUGAAGAGUGAUGUGGCCGUACAUGCUUUUACGGUUUAAUUUGUGACUCAUGACUAUUUGUGCAUCUAGAUAGUUCCUGUGAAGUCGUGUUGUGUAAUAAUUUUUGUUUAUACUACUUGUACAUCUCUAUUUUUGAUACGUGACCCACUGAGUGUAUUUGCAUCGCUACCAGAGAAAAGUUGAGGUGGUCAUUUGCUGUAUGCCAAGAGAACGUGUACAGUAUAUAGCAUUGUGCUCAGCCAGAUUUGCAUCUUGCUCACAAAUUCUCGGUCAAGUUAAGGCCUGACCUUAGCUCAUGCUGUUGCCUUUACUCGUUUAACGCAGACACGAUGAUGGCAGGUGUUUAAAUGUCUUUGCUUUAAAUGUUAUGUCUGUGGCAAAGAGAGUGAAUGUAAAGUUCAAACAAAAAUAAUAGUUUUGUAUAGAAAGAGGUACUUGGAAUUUUUAUUAUGACUUGUAACAAAAGGUUGUUUGUUGUAUAUAUUUUGUAUAUAAAGUAUUAUUGAAAUAUAUUAAAAUAUUAAUAAAGCUUUCCCCCCCGUGGAA